AGGCAGGGGGUUUAAGGGACCUCUUCUGGGCGCCAACUCAGCCGGGACGACAGCAGCCAGCGGAAGGACACACCGGUCGGGGAGAAGAAGAUCCAUCCGGGGGAACAAAAAAAAAAAGGAUUCACUCAUACCAACCCUGUGGCGGCCUCGCUCAUCUUUAAAGCGACCUGUGACACGGCGUGUUUGUGUGCAUGUUGUACGUGUGUUCCCGUCCCAUCUCCCCCCCACAUUAGUGCAUUAGUAUGCAGGGUGCUUGUGUGUCAGUGGUGUGCGUGUGCAUAUGUGUGUCUGUGCUCCUCCGCAGUGCUAUUUCACAGCCGCCUACAGAAAGUGACACCUACACGGAAUGCACAGAUGGGUAUCACUGGGACCAUCAGACCGAGCACUGCAAAGACAUAAACGAGUGCGAGAUCAUCCCCGAUGCGUGCAAAGGGGAAAUGAAAUGCUUCAACCACUACGGGGGUUACCUGUGCCUCCCCCGCUCCGCGUCCGUCAUCCCGGCCUCGGAGCCCCCCAUCACGCCCGCCGAGACCAGCCGCUGCCCUCCGGGCUACGAGGCGCAGGGGGACAGCUGUGUCGAUGUCAAUGAGUGCGAGCGAGACGAGGAUGACUGCCAGCCCAGCCAGCAGUGCAUCAACACCCUGGGUGCCUUCACCUGCCAGUGCCCCGAUGGUUACCGCAAGGUCGGCACAGAGUGCAUCGACAUCGACGAGUGCAGGUACAGAUACUGCCAACAUCGCUGCGUCAACGUGCCCGGCUCCUUCUCCUGUCAGUGUGAACCCGGCUUCCAGCUGGCAGGAAACAAUCGAUCCUGCAUCGAUGUGAACGAAUGUGAGAUGGGUGCCCCCUGCUCCCAGAGGUGUUCCAACACGUACGGCACCUUCCUGUGCCGCUGCGACCAGGGCUACGAGCUGGGGCCCGACGGCUUCGCCUGCAACGACAUCGACGAGUGCAGCUACUCCAGCUACCUGUGCCAGUACCAGUGUGUCAACGAGCCCGGGAGGUUCUCCUGCAUGUGCCCAGAGGGGUACCAGCUGCAAGGCACCAGGCUGUGCCAGGACAUAAAUGAAUGUGAAACAGGCGAGCAUCAGUGCGGCGAGGCUCAGACGUGCGUGAACAUCCACGGACGAUACCAGUGUGUGGACACGAACCGGUGCCAGGAGCCUUACGUGCAGGUGUCUGAGAACCGCUGCGUUUGUCCCGUCAACAAGCCCGUCUGUCGGGAUCUGCCCUUCUCCAUCGUCCACCGCUACAUGAGCAUCACCUCGGAGCGUUCCGUCCCCUCCGACAUCUUCCAGAUCCAGGCCACCAGCGUCUCUCCGGGGGCGUACAACACGUUCCGCAUCCGGUCGGGAGACGAGAACGCAGACUUCUACAUCAGGCAAAUCAAUAAUAUCAGCGCCAUGCUGGUGUUGGCGCGCGCCGUGUCGGGCCCCAGGGAGUACACGUUGGACCUGGAGAUGGUGUCAGUAAAUCCUCUGCUCAGCUACCAGGGCAACUACCAGACCAGCUCCGCCCUCAGACUCUCCAUCUACGUCGGGCCAUACAGCUUUUAGAGAAGAAGAAGAAGAUGAAGAAGAAGAAGACGAAGAGUGGAGGGACACAGAGAAAGAUGGAUAGAAAGAGCUGGGGAGAAACACACGGGGGGAAAAAAGAGAUUGAGUUGGAAAACCAAAGUGGUCGAUGCAGUUCAACCAGUCGCUGUAAUGUUACACUCUAAAGCUGCGAUUUGUUCUUCCAAAGCCACAUAUACAGAGUAUACAAAUACAGUGAAGCAGUUAUUCUUACAGGAAACAGCCUUAAAAUAGGACACCAUCACCUCAUCAACACCUUCUGUGUUCAAUGUGUGUAAAACGGGUUUAUUAUACUCACAUCUGUUCUGAUAACAAAUCUGUGUCACACAUUUUCUGUCUGCCUGCAUGUGGAGUGAUUCACUCCCUGCGUCACCGGAUCAUUAUCUCUUUUCACCAGUUUACAUCUUACGUGGUUCCGCUCUGUCUUGUCGGCCCUUUGUUUCCUGUUGACAGACGUGAUUCAGUAACCACUCAGAUCGGACCUCCGCCCUCCGCUGUUCAUUCCUAAGCUCUCCAUCGCUGCCUUUUGUAGGUUUAUCACAUUGCUGAUUGUGUUUUUGUCUAAGAUUUAAAACCUAAUAAAGCCAUAUACCUUUUCUUCUGUCUCACAGCGAAAGUGAUUCAAAUGUCCUUCUUGUAGCAAACUUUAUUCUCAUUCUCCAGGGUGAUGAUUGGCUGCUUUUUAGAUGUUUUUUUUAAAUUAUUACAACCCAAACAGAACAACACAGGAAAUUAAAUUUAGUUGCGAUUAUCUAAUUAAUUAAAUU